UCAAUUAACCUCAAAUUGUUGUACUCCUUUUGUUACAUUUUGCAGUGACACAACUAUUGUUAAGUUUUACUCGUGUUUGUACCGUUACUUUAGGUGCAGUGUUAGCUAGAAGUCUUUCAGGCUUGUUAAAGAUUUAUAUGCUAAGUAGAAAAUGUACAGAACUUUUAGUGGGUCGGGUCAGAGAUGGAUCGGUUUUAGGGUGGGUUGGGUCCUAAAUAAAUCCAAGAAUUCAUUUUUAAAUAUUUUUUUUGAAAAACUUACAGAUGCCACGUCACUAAAUAGGCACUAUGGGCUCGUUUGGUACAACGGAAAUAAUCCUGGGCUUAUAUUUGAGAUGAAUUUAUCCCACGUUUGGUUGGGAUAAAAUGAUGGUAUAACUAAUCCCGGGAUUAGUUAUCCUGGGAUUGUAGUGUUAUUUUAUCCCUGUGGGAGGGUGGAAUAACUAAUCCCGGGAUAAGUUAUCCUAGGAUAACUUGUUUCCAACCAAACGACCCCUAAAGGUUAUAGUUCCGGUUAAAAUGAUCAUGGAAGCUAACUAGGUAAAGUUAAAAGAUCUUUGGCUAUUAUUAUAAGUUGAGUGACUAUUCAGGCAACCCACACAGUGCUAAAGAAACUAACUUUUAUAAUAUUGGACUGAUGCGAGCUUAAAAUGGAGCUACAUGUCUAGUGCGGAUUCAUAUAGCCGACUCCAACUCGCUUGUGAUGGAGAAAAUUUGAUAGGAAAGGGGGGUUAUGCUGAAGUUCAUAAAGGACGCUUGCGAAAUGGCCAAUUUAUCGCGGUUAAGCGGCUGAUGAGGGGACCCCAAGAUGAGAGAAUAGGGGAUUUCUUAUCUGAGCUAGGGAUAAUGGCACAUAUCAACCAUCCAAACACUGCUAAAUUGAUUGGUUAUGCUGUUGAUGGAGGACUCUUUCUUGUUCUUGAGCUAUCUCCUUAUGGAAGCUUGACCAAUAUGUUGCACGCAUCGAAGCAGAAACUAGAAUGGAAAAUCAGGUAUAAAAUAGCCAUAGGGAUAGCUGAAGGGAUAUUAUAUCUUCAUGAGGGUGGUCAAAGAAGGAUUAUCCAUAGAGAUAUUAAGGCAGCAAAUAUAUUGCUCACAAAGGACCUUGAACCUCAGAUAUGUGAUUUUGGGCUUGCAAAAUGGCUACCAGAGCGAUGGACUCACCUCACUGUAGGGAAAUUUGAAGGAACAUUCGGCUAUCUUGCUCCCGAGUUCUUGAUGCAUGGCAUAGUGGAUGAAAAAACUGAUGUUUUUGCUUUUGGAGUGCUACUUUUGGAACUUAUCACUGGACGCCGAGCCCUUGAUUACUCACAACAAAGCCUCGUCAUUUGGGCUAAACCCCUGCUGAAGAAGAACAGGAUUAGAGAACUUGUUGAUCCUUCACUUGGUGAUGACUACAACUUACUACAGAUCAACCUCAUGGUCUUAGCUGCUUCUUUGUGUGUGCAACAGUCUUCAAUUAAACGACCCCGAAUAAAUCAGAUUCUGCAGUUUCUAAGAGGCAACAGCGAAAGCCUAGAUUUAAUCAGGAGAAUUAGGAAACCUUCGCAGUGGAAGAGGUAUUAUGAAGAACUUUUUAAUGCGGAAGAAAGUAAAAUGAGUAGAGGCUUAAGUGUUUUAAGUCUGCAGGAACAAAUAGCAUUGGAAGUCUCUAAGAUAGUUUGAUGAAUCUGGCUCAAGGCUCAAAUGCUUGUUUGGUUUGUUGAAACUGACAACAUCUUUUGGAAGAGGGAAGGAAUUAUGGUAUAACAAGGCUUAUGUUGGUACUCAGAGGCGAAUUUAGGAUUGGUUCCGUGAGUUCAACUGAACCCAAGUUGAACCUGUUACUUAUGGAUCGAAUUACGUAUAUAGAUGAAAAGGCAUUUAAAAUAUAUCGAUAUGUUCGUUCUGAACUUACUGGCUCUAAAUCUUGGUUUCGCCUCUCUUGGUACCUACCUCAAGAAAAGAAGCUUAUAGCAAGAAAAACACGAUGAUAUAUGGGAAGAGAACUUGUGUCAUGUGUAUGACUGUACAAGAUCUUCAAUCCCCAAGUCCUAAGCUGUCAAAAUCUAUGUUCAGUGUAUCAGUGUGGGGUGAUCAAGCAACGAAAUUGAUGAGAUGCAGAAAUUUUUUGGCAAGGUAAUCAGCAGCUGUACAAUAGAUAUGCCUGUACAUUUCUACGUGUAAAUACUUUAGUAUAAUCAGAGUAUGUAUUGAAACUAUUUGCCAUAUUUUGGUUGUUCUUUACUUCUUUAUACUCUAUUUGUUUCCUUUAAGGGGAGCUUCAAAAUUUU